GGAAAGAUGGCGGCCGGAGCUGAAGCGGGCCAUGGCCGCAGCAGCAGCAGCAGCAGCAGCAGCAGCUCGUCGGCCGCGCUGGAGGCCACGCUGGACCGCCGCUUCCAGGGAGUCACCAACACCAUGGAGUCCAUCCAGGGCCUCAGCUCCUGGUGCAUCGAGAACAAGAAGCACCACAGCCUGGUCGUGCGCUACUGGAUGAAGUGGCUCAAGAAAUCGGAACCCAGUCACAGGCUGAACCUCUUCUACCUCGCUAAUGAUGUCAUUCAGAACUGCAAGAGGAAAAAUGCUAUCGCUUACCGCAGCACUUUUGCUGACGUCCUACCAGAUGCUGCCCUUCUGGUCAGGGAUGCUAAAGUGCGCAAGUCAGUGGAGAGAAUAUUCAACAUUUGGCAGGAGAGAAGUGUUUAUCCAGAUGAACUGAUCACAGAGCUGAAGGCCACUCUACAAAAAAAAGAACAGCCACCACCACCUACUGUUAACCCCAAAACUGCCCUCAAGUCAAAGAUUGUGGCAGAGUUUGCGCCACAUGCCUUGAUUGAGCGUUUGGGGGCUUUUAAGCGCUCACUGGAAGAGAGUGAGCUGAGAGAGAAGCAGCUGGCUGCUCUCAGAGUGGAUGUCUGCAGCACAGAGGCCCUCAAGAGGCUUAAAGAUAAGGCAGGGGGGAAUAAGUUUUCUAAGGACUUUGAGGAGGGCAGCAUGAAGCUGCAGGAGUUUGUAAAGUUUCUGGAGGGGCAGAUGCAAGCAGGACCCCCUCUACUUGAGGCUCUGGAGAAUUCAGACGUCUUCUAUGAAAUGCAGUACAAAGAGGUCAAGAUUGUCGCCAAUGCCUACAAGACCUUCGCUAAUCGGGUAUCCAAUCUGAAGCGUAAACUGGACGCCCUGAAGGCCACGCUGCCAGACAUGGAUGACUCACCCAUUCCCUCGCCCUCUGAGGAUGCCCCCUCACCCACAGGCUCCGAGUCACCCUUCCACGGCCUGGGCGCCAGAGCAGGCCAGAGCAGCGCAGACCGAGAGGGAGCAAGAGCUGGAGAGCAGAAGGACAACAGAGAUGUGGAGGACAUGGACCUAUCUGAGGAGGAGGACACCACAAACACAGGCAUUAUUGUUGAAGAAAAAAAAGAAAAAACAUCCACAGUGGCAGCUUUGAAGGUGACCAACUCAACAGCAGCCAAGUCUUCUCACAUUAUGGCCGCACCUGUUUUAGCCCCUCCCACAAAGGCGACGUCUGAGCCUGCAGCCAAUCAGACACCACCGUCUUCUACUACACCUACCCCUACCACAUCUGUUCCUGCAAGUCCCACCCCCCUGCAGGUGAAUUUGGCAAAUGUGGAUCUAGGAAAGAUCAGCUCCAUCCUCAGCAGCAUUACUAAUGUGAUGAAGAACACAGGUGUAAGUCCUGUGUCCCGCCCCUCACCAGGAACACCCACUACACCAUCUAGCCACACCCCUACAUCAAAAGCUCCUCUUGUGGCACCUGGCGGAACUCCUGCAUCCAAUCCACUGGCCAGUAUCCUGUCCAGAGUAGACAUUUCCCCUGAGGGCAUCCUCAGUGCCCUCACCAAGACACAGACAAACAGCCCACGGCUACAGGGUUUGUCCUCUCUGCUCUCUUCUGCCCGUGCUGGCUCUCUCACCUCUUCAAGUCCCGCCCCCUCUUCCUCUACCCUUACAUCUUCAACAAUCACCACAGCAACAGUGACUAUAGCCCCCACCACCCCAACCACCCCAAAGACUCCCAAACCUUCCAGCAACAAUCUAAAGCGCGAGUCAGAACGUGAGCGAGGCUUAGAGUGGGAAAAGGUGAAAGAGAAAGAGAGGGAGAAGGAAAAGGAGAGGGAGAAAGACAGACGAGAGAGGGAGAUGGAAAGGGAGGAAGCUGCAAUGCCCAGCCUGGAAUCAAAGAUCAACAGCUUCCUGCAGGGAAACCCUGGGUUUAGCGCUCUUGGCCUUGGCCUGGACGAUGGAGUCAGUAAUAGCCCCCUGCUGGUUGGUGGAGACAAUGCGGACGGCACUCCUGUUCGUGAUGAAAGCGGCAGCACUCCAACCCAGGAUGAGAUCAUGGACACCCCCUGUGUUCUUAGUGAUCAGAAACCGGGCUGCUCUGGAGCUGUUUCACCUACAGCGUACCGUAGUGACCCCUGGGAUGCAGUGAUCACACCAAGAGAAGAUGAGAGGAAGGACAGGGAUUACCGCACCCCCUCAUCCUCAGCAUCCUCACGAUCACAGGCCUUCAGCCCUAGCGGCAAAAACGCAGGUAGGAGUACUAUCAAGCCCAAAGAACAGGAUGGCAUGAAGAGAAAAGCCGGGGUAUCCACAGGUCCCACCUCUUCUGCGGAUCUAGGUGUGAAGGCGAAUAAGAUGGAGGGAUCAGGAGGGAAGAGUGUGGUCCUGCGCAGGCCAAGCGGCGGGUCUCAGAACGGAGGCAAGGAGAAGGAGGAGAAAGGGAAGAAAGGAGGAAAGAAGGAGGAAGACAGCGAACACUACCACCGCAUUGAGACUGUUGUUACCACAACGGCCAGCAGCAGCACGCCCAUAGAAGCACUGGGCUAUAGCAACCGCAUCCAGACUGUGGAGAGCAUUCGUGUGAUUGGCCGAGGUCCAAGGAGGGCAAGUGGAGCCGCAGCUAGAGCGGGUGGGGCGUGGUACGAAGAGGAGGAGUUUAUGGAAGCCCCACUUCCACAUCACCCUGGCGACCAUACCCCUGAAGCCCCCAGUGAGAUGGGACUGGUCCCCCCUCCUACACAUCUGCUGUCACAGGGGCAGUACCCACCACCUCCUUACACUAGUGAGGACUCUACUCAUCCUGUGCACACUCACACUAUCCCCCAGCACCACCCACCUCCAUCUCCUUUCUUCUCCACCCCUCCAGUUCCUCCCAUCCCUCAGCCCCCACCCCCUUCAGUGGCCCCACCCACAGCAGCCCCACCCUUACCUCAGCCUCCUCCAGCCCCUUCAAGAGACUUACCCCUCUCCCCCACUUCUGCUGUGAUGGUGGGCGGGGUCUUGGUGCCCAUUGACCGUGUCCUGCCACACCCACCUGCCAACCUGCGCCCAGAGGGGGGUGGGGCUAGCAGUGCUGCACCUGCUAGGGGCAAAUCCCUCCCCCUGCGUCCCGGCACACUCAAAGAGCAAUUCGCCCCUCACCACGCGCCCCCCCUCCAUCGCCCUGGUGCCCCAGGUGUACCCCCGCCCCUUUUGGGCAGAGGGCGAGAGGGGCCACAGUCACCCUCUUCCCCAACCACACCCACCACACCCUCUCCAUCUGGAGACCCCCGACCGCUCCUGCCCUCUCCAAACUGCCUGCCUAACCCUGGCGCUCAACGGGCCCACCAGCCACCCUCCCCACUUGGCCUACUCCGCCCGCCCCUCCACACGCCCCACACCUCUCCCCUGUCCCAGAGGCCCUUGCCACGAGGGGGCCUACCUCUGCCCCUGCCCCUCCCACCUCCUUCCCUGUCCCGAGAGCCACUGCUACCUGGGGUCAAGCGCCCCGGACCUGCUUUCCGAAGUGGACCACUGCACCCCCCGAAGCGACCCUUCCUGCCCCCUCGUUAUUAGGGUUAGUCAGAAAAAGGGUCAGCCAGCAGUGCCAAUGCAAUGCAGUUAUGCUGUGAUUUGAUGUAGGAGGUGUUAGCACCAGGCUGUCUCUGGGCCAUGAUAAAAGAUAAACUAGUCUAAACACACACCCUCAUCGAUGCCCCCCGACCCUCCAACCCUGCCAACCCACAGCCAGCAGCGUUCACUUAUGUUUAGACAAAGAGAAGCCUUCCAAAGAUGGAGAAGAGAAUAGACAUUGGAGAGAAAGAAUGAAAGGAAGACGACAGCAAAAAGAUAAACGCAAUGAGAGAGAGAGGCAAAAGGUGGUUAUUCACUUCAAUUCCACUUUCUUUUGUGUGGGAUGGAUUGCAUGAAUGAAGGAGUGUGUGUGUGUGUGUGUGCAUUUUUUCUCCGUUACUUAGAGUUGUAACUAUAAAUGUAAAUAAGGACUUUAGCUCUUUUGUUCUUGUAUCUAUCACUGCUCUUUCCCACUGUUGUAUGGCUUCUGCUUUCCUACAGCUCCGGAUGGGGGGGAAAAAAAAAACACAACAAAAAAAAAAAAAGUGUUUCUGCUCUCUAAGCUCUGUCACUCUGUUUCUGUAUACACAUAACAGACCAGUCAAACUCUGCUUCAACUGAAAACUGAUUUAAAUCAUAGACAUAGAUUAAGCAUCAGCCAUCCACUAUCACAUCACUCUGCCUCUUUCCAGAUGUGAUUGUUCUUUCACCUUUAAGGGGGUGGGGUUGUUGAGUGAAGGCUGGGGCACAGAAAUAAGCUAGUAAGGGGGAGAAAAAAGAAAACAAACGGAGCAGAGCAGCGCUCAACCCUCAGAGUAGAUUUCCUAGUGCUUUCUUCUUUCGAGUUUCUGUUGUUCAGUUUGAACCGAGCUCUCACGUGUAUUGUUGCUAAUAAAAGCCCUGCGCUGACACACAAGAA